GAACGCGCGGUGCCAGCCGGGACUUUGGCGGACUGUGUGCCUGCGCUUAGGAAAGCUGCAUGUCCCCAGUGUCCGCUCCGGUCGCCCGGUUAGGAAUGCGUCUGACGAAGCCGGUCUGUGGUGUAAUAUUUUUGCUAAACGCCAGCGGGGACUGCGCUUCAAGACGAGUCAUGGUUUCGCGUCGCUUUUACCUUUAGUAAACUCGGCGCGAGCGCUUGAUUCAUUGAGCUAGCUGUCGUUAGCCCGCUUCGUUGAUUCAUAGCACGCGCUAGUCAAGUGGAGCUACUUCGAAGUGCGCUCACUGCGACCAGGAGACGAGCCGACUUGACUGCUGAACACAGCCGGCGUUUGUGACGAGAGGAGGAGGUGGUGGCGGUGGGGCCGGAGGAACGCGACGGGGUGGAAGUGAGUCAGGAGCGGCUGAUGAGUUCAGACCAGAGCGGAGAGCCGCCGCUGCUGCAGGAGGAGGCUGAUCCCGGACCGAAGAGCGGUGGGAAGGACGAGGCUCCGCUGGGGAGCGAGGGAGGCUCGAUCGGCAUGGUCACCUCAAAAGGUGCUGGCUUAAACCCAAAUGCCAAGGUGUGGCGGGAGAUCCCUGUGGCCCCCAGCGAGGCUGUUCCCAGCAGUCCUCAGUGGCCUCCCUCUGACAUCAGUUAUUCAGAGCCAUCGUCAGCUGGGUGCAAACAGUACACUGUGGGAUAUACCGCCCUGGGUGACGGCGGCUCCACAGCAACAGCUGAGAUAGCAGUAAAUGGAAUGGACCCUCAAGAGUUGGGCUUUUCCCCCACUGAGUCCACGACGGGGAGCUCAGAUUCCAAAACAGAAGAACAACAAGUCUCCUCUGAGAACCUACGGGAGUCUCUGAAGAAAGAGCUUGAGUUUUAUUUCUCCAGAGAAAACCUUUCCAAGGACUUGUACCUCAUGUCCCAAAUGGACAGCGAUCAGUUUGUCCCAAUUUGGACCAUAGCCAGCAUGGAGGGCAUCAAGGUCCUUACCACUGACAUGGACCUCAUCCUGGAUGUGUUGAGAUCAUCUCCUAUGGUACAAGUAGAUGAGAAGGGGGAGAAGGUACGGCCUAAUCACAAGAGAUGUAUUAUCAUCUUAAGAGAGGUCCCUGAAACCACACCUGUCGAGGAAGUUGAGUCACUGUUCAAAAAUGACAACUGUCCAAAGGUGAUAAGUGUUGAGUUUGCGCACAACAACAACUGGUACAUCACAUUCCAGUCAGACACAGAUGCUCAGCAGGCGUACAAGUACUUGAGAGAGGAAGUAAAAACAUUUCAGGGAAAACCAAUCAUGGCCAGGAUAAAGGCCAUCAACACAUUUUUUGCAAAGAAUGGGUAUCGUAGUAUGGACAGCAGCAUGUACAGUCAGCAGUCCCAGAGCCAGUCCCAGUACAGUUCUCCACUUUACAUGCAGCACGUCUACCCACAGCAGCAGUACCCAGUUUAUGGCAUCGUACCUCCCACCUGGACACCUACACCCACACCCUAUUUUGAAACUCCUCUGGCACCAUUUCAAAACAGCAGCUUUGUGAAUGGAUUCGGCUCUGCGGGACACUACAAAACAAGCUCUUCUGCUCUUAACGUAACUCGCCCCUUCAACAGAAACCGUGUCCCCCUCUAUUCAAGAAAGAAUGUAAUAAAUGCCUUCAGGAACCAUGUAAAGCCACAAGUGAGAUCAGCCGAGGUGUCGCCCGCGUCUAUAACACCGGUCUCCUUGGAGAGUGUGCCUGGACUGCGCAGCCCACAGCCUUCAGUUGUCGCCGCCACCGCUAACCCAGUCCAAACAACCGCUGACAUGAGCUCUGCGUUUUCACAACUGUCGUCCUCUUCCUCAUCUCUGGAUCCUAGUGAUGAGUCUGGCACAGCUGGACGUGGAAGACGGAGCACAACCUACAGAGGAACACGAAGGAGGCGAGAGGAUGAACGGAUCACGAGACCUGUACCUUUAGCUGAGGUGAAYGUUCCCCCUCCCAAGUUUGACUUGGCUGCCACUAAUUUCCCUCCUCUUCCUGGCUGUGUGGUCAGCACGCAGGGAGAGCCAGUGCUCGAAAACCGAAUGUCAGAUGUUGUACGCGGUUUGUACAAGACGGAACAAACCAAUAAAGAAGCCACUGUGAGUCCCAGUUCAGGCCAAGCCUCCGCCACAGAGGAGGCUGCGGCUGUCUCAAGUCCUGGUCCUGCCCCAACACCUGCAAAACCCGUUACUCAACCGCUCGGGCAUCUGUCCUCCCGUGUCACUUAUCCAGAAAAGCGGGCUGAGCGGCCAGAACCACCUGCUACAAAAACAGCUCCUCGUACACCGGUUCAAGCCGCCAUCACCUCCUCUUCUUCCUCUGCCUCCUCACAGCCUGCGCAAAGCUCACGACCUCAACCCUCUGCUGUCUCCACACCCAGCGCGCCAGCCCCUGCUACCCCUGCUACAGUCACUAUAACCACCCCUGCACAGGAGCCCCGUAAACUCAGCUACGCCGAAGUGUGCCAACGGCCACCAAAAGACCCUCCCCCUGCAGCCCCCGCUCCAUCGUCCUCCAGCACAGCGUCGGGCCAGCCGCUACGUGAGCUGCGCGUGAACAAGGCCGAGGAGCCGGGCUCCAGCGGCAUCAGUCCUGCAGACAAGCAAGAGAGAGGUCAUGACAGGGAGGGAGGGUGGGAGUGCAAGGAGAGCCGGCCGCCACGUGAACGUGACUCUCAGGGAGGCUACUACCGCAGCAARGUCCCCAGAGGCACGGGGGGGCUCAAGUUUCGGGAGCAGCGGCGCCCGCCCCCCAACCGACGCAGCUCCCCACAGGGUGGCUACAGGCACACUGGCAAAGAGCAGAACAUUCCACCUGUAUCGCCAAAGUAAAAAAAAAAAAAAGAAGAAAAAGAACUUGACAUGAAAAGAGGAAGAAAAAAAAGAUGUAUGAAUAAAUGUAUAAAUAUAUAUACAUGGAUAUAUAUAUAUAAUUAUAUAAAAAUGAAUAAGAUAAAAGCAACAACAUUAUGGUAGCCACCUUCCCUCCUGGAACUUGUCCAAAGAAAGGCUUUUAAAAUGACUGUGACACCCAGGACUUAAGGGCAAAAUGAAACCUGAAGAACUUUGACGAGCAAUUUGAAAACGAAACAAAAAAAUUUGUUUGGCCUCCAGUAGUUUAAAAAAAAAAGAGAAAAUUAAAGUGAUUCAUGUGGAGGUCGUUCAUUUAUGCUCAACAAGGGAACGGUGGGAUGCAGGGCCACAUAAAAGGCCCUCUACCUAAUUUUUGUUUUUUAAUAGAUGUUGGUCUGCAAGAACAAUACGCACUAAGAUGAAAAGAACAUGCAUAUAUGUCAUGUACAUAUACAAAGAUAUCACUAACACGCAAUGAGACAUCAGUUUUUUUUUCCUUGUUUGCUUAGGUUUGCAAGUAUGACUGAAGGGUUGACUGAUGUCUGUUUGUAUUGAUUGUUCGGCAAAGUGAUUGAAGUGCUUCAGUGUGCUGUCGCACCGAUAUAAUGAAACUGAUCAUUUUGAUUUUUACAGCAGAAAUUUUGAGUCAUCUUCCUGGGGGGGGGGGGGAAGGAUGGAGUGGUCUUCUAAUGUAUAUUAAUGAAAUGUGUUCUAUGGUGGUGUGUUGAUUCUGACUUGCCGUCGGACAUCAGAAACCGUUGAUGUACGCCACAGUCAUCUGUGUGGUUUUGUUUGGAGCUGGAAUACUCUUUGUGGGUGGGCGCUCACCGGCCUGUAAGCCACGGUGAACCUUGCUAGCCUGGUCCGAAGUUUUUCAUGUUGAGUUUUAUCUCCGUUUUAUCAGAACUGUAUCGGGUCUACCUGUCGCAGUGGAUUCAGAACUAUGUCACAUGUUGAUAAUCAGUCAGGUUCUCUGUUUAUGUGUUUCGGGUCGGGUGGGGAAACCUUGGGGUGGGGUGGGGGUUUAAAAAAAAGUACAUGUUGCUUCAGUUUGACUGUUCGUUGUGCCUGGUGUUUCAGGUGAGGUUUGGCUUUUCUACAUCAUCACAGGAUAUCCAGGUUAAGUUUAUAUCUGUGAAUUAUUCUUUAUAACGGAGACAUGAUUUCAAAAUAAUAGACUGAAGCGUGCUGUUAAGGAUGACGGCUUCACAAUAUCUGGCAGCCAAGUGGUGAAUAUAAAGAAAAAGACAACCUUUUUCAUGCUAUGUGCCAGCUGCCUGCGAUCAUAGAGUUCUAGGAUAAAGUUUUGAUUUUUAUUAAUGAGGUCUGCUAAAUAAUUUAGUGUUUGGGAAUCGUUUGGCUCAGUGAAACUGGAUUUUUGAGAAGCUGUAGAGGUGUAGUUGCCUAUGCUAUAUUGUAAUAACCCUUCACUAGAAACGUGUGGGAGAAUGUAAUUGUUCUAGUACUAAAUUUACAGAGGGCCGCUUUUGACUGCAGGUUUUCAUCAGAUUGUUUUUGUGCUUUAGGGUGAGUUCUUAUGGGUUUUUUUUUUUCUUUAAUUUUUUAAAAACAGGUUGACUUAGAUUUUGAAGUUUGACUCGCUGUGUUUGCUUUUUAAAUUUAUUUAUUUUAAUUUUAAUGCACAACGCUUUUCUCCCAAUUCUUGGUAGGCUGGUUUCCCCAAAGUUGCGUGAAAUCGCAUUGGCAAAAUGAAAUCACACACGACAUUUAUUCACUCAUGGAGAUGUCAGCUGAGAGAGAAAAUACUUGAUGCACUCACUUUGGGUUUGAUAAUGCAGUAAAACGAGGAUUCAAUCACUGGGGCUGUCUUUUUAUUUUUUCAUUGAGUAUGAGCAGCUAGUGAUUUUAGUAUCAUUAAAUAAAUGCACUAACCUUGUUUUGAAAAGAAUCUUACUCAUGAGUAAUGUGAAAUAAUUUAGAAGCAUAUGGUUGAUGCUGACAGGCUUGCAAAUAUCUGCAGAAAUUGCUUUUCCCCCCUGCAAUUUAACAUUUUGUUUGGGUUUAUUUUCUGUUAAUUUGGGUUGGGGUGGCAACAGYAGACGUAGUAAUGGAUCAACCAAGUGUUUGAGACACAAUCUUAGAAACUGUAUGAAAUGUCACCAAAAAUAAAUUAUUUUGAUUUGGC